UCAACCCUUCACAGCUCUUCACAUGCUUCUUCUAGCUCUAGUCUUCUCCUGCAAACCACUUCUCUCUCUCUCUUCUUUCUCUCUAUGUGUGUGUGCAUAAGAUUCGAUCAACCAGUUUAACAAUGGCGGAGUCAAGUAGCCAUUCAAUUUCUUCAUCAAAUAAGCACACGUGCACAAAGAAAUCCCAGCCUAAUAAGCGACGCAGAGAUGAAGAAAUAAUCAAUGGCGAAAAGAGGAACAAAACUGGAAAUGAUAAUGCUAAUAGCAAGCAUCCGGUCUACAGGGGAGUGAGAAUGCGGGCAUGGGGCAAAUGGGUUUCUGAAAUAAGGGAGCCCCGGAAGAAAUCUCGGAUCUGGCUCGGAACCUUCGCGAACCCGGAAAUGGCGGCUCGAGCCCACGAUGUAGCAGCUGUGGCCAUUAAAGGCAAAAAUGCUAUUUUAAACUUCCCUGAAAUCUCACACUUGCUGCCUCGCCCCGACACGUGCUCCCCACGUGACGUCCAGGCCGCAGCCAACAAGGCGGCUCACAUGGACCACCUGCCGGAAAUGGCUUCACUUUUGCCGUCGAUGGCGUCAUCUUCCUCCUCUACGUCGCUCGUAUCGUCCUUGACAGUGACGUCGUCGUCCGUACAGUCGGAGGAUGUUUCGACGGAAAGCGGGGAGGCGCAGGAGGAGUUGAGCGAGAUAGUGGAGCUUCCGAGUUUGGAGGCAAGUUACGACGACAUUGUGGUGGUGAAUCGAGCGGCGGAUUUUGUGUUCGCCGAGGAUGUGGGUUGGGACUAUAAUCACCCGUGGUUGCACGAAGAUUGUGGGUUUUUUGGUGAUAAUCAUAUGAUUGAGAAUACGAUUUUCUGGUAAUUUUGAAAGCCAGUUGUUGCAACAUCAUCAUUGUUGACAAAUAUUUAAGGAAAAAAAUGGUGUUUUUUUUUGUCUAUAAAAUCUUUUUUUUUUUUUUUGACCAUUUUGGCUU